CUGUGAAUUAAAUGCAUAAAAACAAAGUUAUGAAAGUUGCACAUAGCCUUAGCCAUAGAAAAAAUGCAAAGCAACAACAUACUUACAAACCAACUUCCCCAUUCUUAAUGGUGCAGAAACAGGAAGAAAUAUAGAAAGAAGACAAGAAUGUAGUUUCACCUUCAGUGAAGAGAUUCACUGAAGACGAAACAGAGGUAAAUAAAUCUUUGAUUAAUGCAAUGCAGUUUAGCCCACAUCAGACUGAUAAACAGUACUUUCUUGCUGAAUGAAAUGAAAGUAACAAUAUAAUGAUUAUAAAUAUAAAUGUUAUUCAUAUUUAUAUGCAUUUGUCUUUACUGAAAAGUCACAAUUGACUAACAGUAAAAUUUAUCUUAAACAUUCUGCAAAGUAGUUAUGCUGUCAGGAAAUAAAAUCCAGUAUGGAAAUGCUGUACUAAACGCAACGUUAUGUCUGAACUUUAUUUUGAUUCAGUUUCAGUAUUUUUCUGAACCUCGUACGUAAAAGUUUCUCAAUUGUUUGGAAUGGACUGAACAUGUCAAGCUUCAACUCUAGGACGUUUGUUUUCAUCUGGUUAAUCAUGUAUCUCCCUACAUACAUUGGUAAUGUAUGAAUCCUCUCAUUUGUAAACAUAAAUCAAUACAAAAAGUAAAUAUACUAUUUGUAUCUAUAUUUGCUUGUAACAAUAUUCAUGGGAAAUCCUUAAAAGGAUAUAUACUGCUUUCACAAAUGUGCAAAUGAGUACAGUUUUUGUAUUAUGUGCAGACAUUAAAAUAAAAGAAUGUAAUGAUUAGUAUUUAAAAAUAUUUUUUAAUCCCCAUGUAGUUUGUAUAUACAUUAACUAACAAUGAGCUUUUAUUAGGAAUAAACUGUCAUUACUUUGAUCUCUUUCAACUUGUUUGAAAUAAUAAAAAAAGUUUACUUGUUUUCUUAUUAACAGGUGCAUUACAAUUGAAAAUCCCCUGUCAACAGGAAGGUUAUUGUGUUUCUUUCAAUGAGGUUGAAAUAAGAGCAGAAGCUGGACUCUGUGCUGUGAUACCAUGCUCUUUCACAUCCCUCUUUGUACCCGAACAUAUUAUUUGGUAUAAAUGUGAAAAACCUGUGGACAAUUGUGACAAAUCUGUCCCUGUAUUUCACUCUGACAACAAAGUCGACAACAUUCAACCUGGGUUCAAAGGUCGUGUGUCACUGCUGAACCUGAACAUGACUGAGAAGAACUGCAGCAUGGUGAUCAAUGAUCUUCAGAAAUCUGAUUCUGGAUCAUAUCAGCUCCGAGUUGUGGGAAAAGGAGCAAAAGAAGCAUUUACAUAUCUUGCAAAAGCAAAUCUCUCGUUAGCAGAUCUGAACCAAAAGCCCUCAGUGAUGAUUCCUCCACUGACUGAGGGACAGCAGGCCUCUCUGACCUGCACUGCUCCUGGUCUCUGCUCUGGGUCUCCUCCUAAAAUCACCUGGAUGUGGAGAGGAGAAGGAGAGAAAGAUUCUUACAUCAUAGGAAACAUUACUGCUUUAAAAACAGAGAAUCUGACUGCUUUCACAAAGAGACAUGUCUCAACUCUGACCUUUAACUCUUCAGCUGAUCACCACAACACCAGUAUAACCUGUAAAGUCAACUUCACAGGUGGCAUAACUACAGAAGAGACGGUGACUCUGAAUGUGAAUUUUAAUCAUGUGAAACAUUGUGCAUGUGGCGGUGGAGCUCUUCUCUGGGUCGUUGCUGGUGUUUCACUCAGUGUGCAUCUUUUCUCUAUGAUCUACUUGUACCACAUUCGGAACACAAGAAAAAAGGCUGAACCCACUGAAGAUGAUCAAACUUACAUGUGUAUGCAAAAAACCAAUGCAUCAGCAGGGUAUAAUGUUAUUGUUCAACAACCGCACUGACAUGUUGAUGUCAGGGAUUACUGUCAAUUGGAUGCUCCAUGCUGAAACUAGAUUCAUAUCACUACUGUUUUAGACACAACAGAAAAGAACAGGUGGUGAAUGUUUCCUGGAGAAGAGAAAUCAGUCCCACUAAAAUUGUUAAAAGUACAGACAUAGUAAUUGUCUUAGCACAGGAAUAAGAUAUAUCAUGAAUACAACUGGAAAGAAAAAAUAUUAUAAGGAUCUUCCAAUUUAUUUGUAAUUACUUUUUUGUUUCCCCUUCUACGAUUCGUUAUUGAAGUUAUAUUGUUUUUUUUAGUUUUUCUGGAGUAUAUUUAAAUUGUUGAAUAUUUAUACACUCUGUAAAUAUUUAUUGGAAAUAUUUAUGUCCAUAUAUGCCUAAACAACGUAUCUUCCUUAAAAUGCAAGAUUAUCCUUUAUAACUUACAUUUCAAUUGUAAAUGUCAAUUGGGUUUUUCUUUCUCAUUUUACCUGACAUGUCGUGUAUGAACCUUAGGAAAUAGUUUUUCUAAUAUAAAUUACAGAUAAAACAUUAUGCAGUCA